AUGAGCGAUACAACUAACAAGAAUACGAAUAAUACUAGGGCGUCCGCUGCAUGUGUAUCCGACGCGCCGGUCUUCUGGUCGGCGGGACCGGUGAGAAAUCAGCAAACCACAACAGUCCUUACAGUCCUUGCAAGAAGAGAUGUGAUGAAGAUUGCUGGUUGGAAUGUCCGCACUCUUCGCGACGAAGGAACGCAGUCUCUCACCGUCAGGACUCUGUACAACUAUGGUGUUUGUGUCGCCUGUCUGUCAGAGAUCCGCCUCCCGGAUCGCAGGCAUAGAAUAAUCAAAGUGCCAGAGUCUGACUGCGUCUACCACCUUUACAAUAGUGGAGUGGAGGACAACAGCGGGCUGUAUGGAGUUGCGAUUGCUCUCAGCCCAUUAGCACGGGCAGCACUGCUCGCUUGGGAACCAGUCUCCCACAGGCUGGCCAUGGUCCGUCUCAAAGGCGCUGUUAUAAACGUCACCGUCAUCUCCGUCUACGCACCGACACUGAAUGCAGUGGAGGAGGACAAGGACAUCUUCUACCGCGACCUACAAGCAGUGGUAGAUCGUACCCCUUCCACUGAUCUUCUAGUGGUGGCAGGGGAUUGGAACGCUCGCACAGGACCGGCGGAUGAAGGCACCAGACAUGUUCUAGGUCGAUUCGCCCUCGGAACACAGUGUGACAAUGGCGACCUAGUCAACUUUGCAGUCGCUAAUCGUCUUGUGGUGACUAACACUUGUUUCCAGCACCCGCGACGACAUCUCGUCAUCUGGCGCUCCAAUGACGGUCGUACAUCCAACCAGAUUGACUACAUUCUGGUACGGGCGAGAUGGGCAAGCUCUGUACUUAACUCUCGAGCCUAUCGGGGUGCAGAUACGGACAGUGCGUAUGGAUCGGAUCAUACACUUGUCCGCGCAAGCCUCCGUCUGCGACUGCGGGCAAGGAGAUCCACCAAGAUCCUGAAGCGAAUCAACGUCGCCAAUCUGAAGCUGCGCGCGGGAGAACAGUUCGGGUUGGAACUUCCCAAUCGGUUCUCUCUCCUCCAACCAAGCUCAGGGCCUCAACCAGAAAUUGAAUGGCAGGCUCUCAAAUCUGCCACCGUCGAAGCGGCACACGCCCAUCUUGGUGUCACCCGUCACUGA